AUGCUCAGACCGCAGUUCGCGAUAGCGAGCCUUUCACUGGGCUCGUGCUUGUACCACUCCCUGCCGACGAAGAUCAAAGUUGCCUCUAGUUUAGGCUACAAUGGCAUUGAAAUCUUCAUGGUCGAUUUCGAGGGCUUCGUAGCCGAAGUUAUCAACGGCAAACAUCACCAUCUCUUUGACGAACCUUUUGACCCACAUUCCCUAUCCACCCCCGACCUCGAGUGCGAAUGCGCGAAGGUGAUCACCGCCUUGUGCGUUUCUCAUAACCUUACCAUACCCGUCGUGCAACCUCUACGAAAUUUCGAGAACUUCAAAACCGAGGAAGAUGUCCAAGCAGGAUUGGACAGCGCUGAGCGCUGGCUGAGAUUGAUGGAGUACUUCCAAUGCGAUCUCAUGCUCGUCUGCUCCAACCACGUCCCUGGACCUCAUCCGAUCACUGAUACUUACACCGUGGAAAUGUACCUCGACGCUCAGGUAGACGCUUUCCGUCGCCUCGGUGAGCUUGCAGCGACAUACGAUCCUUUAUCCUGGGGCACUGUCGUGGACAACUGGGAGCCCGUCUGGGACGUUGUCCAACGAGUAAACCUUCCCAAUGUCGGUAUCAUCCUCGAUUCCUUCAACACGCUCGGCAACCAAUACGCCGACCCAGCCACCGAAUCCUCGAUUCGAACAGAGCAGACUCUGGCUAAAAUGAUGGAGAAUCUCGAGAAGAUGUCAAGGUCGAUCCCCGGAGACAGGAUAUUCCUGUAUCAGCUCGCUGACGCCACCCGGCCGUUGCAGCCUAUAUUCGAUGCUCCAGACGCGCCUCGGAGGAUGAUUUGGUCUCGCGCGUCACGAUUAUUUCCCUGCGAGCCUCUGCCCGAGAACGUGGAACCCUCGGGAGAGGAUACGUCCAAUCCCAACCCUCCCACCGGCUAUAUCGGCUUCCUCCCUGUGGUUCAGAUGACCAAGCUGGUGCAAGCUACGGGAUUCAGCGGCUGGUGGAGCUUAGAGGUAUUCAACAAGAGUCUAUUGGAACAGGAUGAGGACUGCCCAUGGAGACAUGGGCGAAGGGGGAUCGGUGGCUUAAAUAAGCUAUGGCAGGUGCUGUCAGGAGACGAGGCGGAUGAAGUCAUCCCCAGUGUGACGCCUCCCUUAACCGUUGAUGGAGAAGAAAGCGAAAGCGACGAGAGUUUAGGCAGCUUCGACUCAGCUGUGGAGGGUGCAGUAUCAGAGCCUGUAGACCGGAAGGAGAGUAUCAUGGACGUAAAUCCAGAGUGGCGAGAAACUGAGGUAGCGGCGUAACAGAAUGAAUCCAAGACCAAACUUCACGGACGUUACUUUUCCUUUUCUUGCACGCUAAAUGAGCUGACAAGAGAAAUCUUCGUUAGCCUAUGUACAACAGUCAUACUGAAUGUUACCUGAAUGUAAGAUACCUCUAUGUUCCUCGUUUUUCCAAUACAUACCGGUUCUGCUGGUUUCCAUGAUU